CAUUUGUAAUAAUAUGUCAUUAUUAUGUUAUUAUCCACGUAUGAUUCAUGUGAAUCUUUGCCGGCUGUUUUAAUGCAAAGUGAAAUUCAUUAUCACUUCAAACAUGGCAAAACAAUUGACUGAGCAAAUAUUGGAUUAUUUAAACAAGCACGGGGAAGUAAAUUCGCUUCAUUUAUCUGAAGUUUUUAAAGAAAAUCAUCAAAAAAUUAUCGGGGCCAUCAAAAGUCUUGAAACACUUAAUGAUUUGAUUACUACUAAACAGAUUACUGAUAAGAAGUGGGAAUUAACAUCAGAAGGUCAGCAUGUGGCAAGUUAUGGAAGUCACGAAGCAGCUGUUUAUAAUGCAAUUCCUGAUGAUGGAAUGCCACAAUCUAAAAUUAUGCAAUCAGUUCCAUUUGCAAAAGUUGGAUUUUCUAAAGCAUUACAGGCUGGUUGGAUAGUAAUUGAUAAAAGCAGUGGUACACCUAUUGUGAAAAAGAAAGUGUCUUCUAUCACAGAUAUUACACAAAAGGAUUUAAAAGAUCUUGCUAGUCUAACUGACCGCCUUAAAAAUGAAUAUAAAAAAAGAAAACUAAUUCAAGAAAUAGUUAUUAAAUUUGUACAGUUGGAAAAGGGUCCCAAUUUUACAACAACAAUUGAAAAACAGGAAACAGAAUUGACUGCUGAUUUAUUAGCAAAUGGUGCAUGGAAGGAUAAGAAAUUUAAACCUUAUAAUUUCGAUGCUCUUGGUGCUACACUUGAAGUGGGUCAUUUGCAUCCACUUUUAAAAGUUAGAAGCGAAUUUAGAAAAAUUUUUCUUGAAAUGGGAUUCACUGAGAUGCCAACAAAUAAUUUUGUGGAAAGUUCUUUCUGGAAUUUUGAUGCGUUAUUUCAACCACAACAGCAUCCAGCAAGAGAUGCACAUGAUACUUUUUUCAUAGCCGAACCAUCUCGUAGUACAAAUUUUCCUAUGGAGUAUAUGGAAAAGGUAAAAAAAGUUCAUAGUGAAGGUGGCUAUGGAUCUUUAGGCUAUCGUUACGAUUGGAAAAUCGAAGAAGCACAAAAGAAUGUUCUUCGUACUCAUACGACUGCUGUUAGUGCACGAAUGCUUUAUAAUCUUAUGCAACAGGGUGAGUUUAAGCCAGUAAAGUAUUUCAGUAUUGAUCGAGUAUUCCGAAAUGAAACUUUGGAUGCCACGCAUUUAGCCGAAUUUCACCAGAUUGAAGGUGUAGUCGCUGAUUACAAUCUCACGCUAGGUGAUUUAAUAGGAACUUUGUAUGAAUUUUUUAAGAAACUUGGUAUUACACAGCUUAAGUUCAAGCCCGCAUAUAAUCCAUACACUGAACCAAGUAUGGAAAUUUUCUGUUAUCACGAGGGUUUAAAAAAAUGGAUAGAAAUUGGUAAUAGUGGAAUGUUUCGACCAGAAAUGUUAUUACCAAUGGGAUUACCUAAGGAUGUAAAUGUUAUUGCUUGGGGAUUAUCUUUAGAAAGGCCAACUAUGAUUAAAUAUGGAUUAAACAAUAUACGAGAUUUGGUUGGACCAAAAGUUGAUUUGGAAAUGGUUUAUAACAAUCCUAUUUGUCGCUUAAACAAGACUAGUCAGAAUUCUCCUCAAACAAAGAAGGCCGAAGAUAAGAAACAAGAAUUAAACAAACACGAAAAUAAAUCUUAUAUGUUUAAAUGUGCAGAAAAAUUCGAGAAGCAAAAACUCAUCAUAUUUUGUGAUCCAAAGCAUCCUAUCAAGUUUAUAGAAUUGUUUUUCCAUCAUGUAAAAAAUUGUGUCAACGUUUUUGUGACUUCUCAUGUACAUUCCAGUGUACAGUAUGUUCCAAACUAUUUGUUAAAUUUUUGUUCAGAAUGUCGAAAUGCAAAUCAAGCUAAUGAUAUACACUUAACAAUAAUUUGGAAAGAAAUUGGUAUUGAUCCUAUAAUGCAAUUACCUGGAAUGUACGCAAUAACGGGCGAGAUAAAUGUAGCGCGAUAUCUAAAUCGCCUAAUCGAAAAUUGUUAUCCUCGUGUUUUACGUUAUGAAAGUAAAGAUGCAUUAUAUGCUAAUGAAAUAGAUAACUAUUUAGAAAAAAUACACAUUUUUUUACAUACUAAUGUACAUCACGCUAUUCAUAAAAAAUCACGUUAUGUAAUGGGUGAAGAUAUAUCGAUCGUAGAUAUUUUAUUAGAAUCCCUUGAGAAAUAAUACAAAAAUAAAAUUUUAUAAAAAUAUAGACAUAUAUUUUUGAAUCUUUUACGUGCUACGU